AUGCCUAGAGAUCUCUUAAUUCAAGUUCCUAUAUCAAGAAUGCAAUUUGGUUUUGCAAUUAAUAAUAGUAAAGAAUCGUCAUCGGAUAAUGAUUCAGGCACUAUUGUUCGCAAUAAACUUUCAUCUCAUAUCAUUAGUGCCGUACUCAUCGUUGCUCUGUUUUCAUUUAUCUUUUCAUUCCUGCAUUUUGCUAAAAUAUCUGUUAAACAAAAUUCGUUCGUUACUGAAAAUACAGUACCGACUCCGACUAAUAUUGAAGCACAUGUUUCAACAAAGAAAAAGGCUCAGAUGAAGAAAGACUAUCAGUAUGGUGAUCAAGAUAAUGAUGAGUCGAAUGAAGGAAAGAACGAUGGAGAGAAGGUGAUCGCUGCAGAAGUACCUAAAACACCUACUGCUACCACGUCUAAUAGACGGCAUGUAUUUAUUGAUUUGGGAUGUUUUGAUGCGAGAGACAUCGAUUACUUUCUUUUUUUUCAUUCAAAUGAAACGAUGACUGAUCUGGAGAUUUAUGCAUUUGAACCUGAUACUAUUAAUUAUUUUGCUUGUAAAUUAAUUGAACAACGACAUCCGGAUGUUAAUUUAACAGUAGUACAACAAGCAGCAUGGAUACGAGAUGGUGAAAUGAAUUUUGCCACAGAACAAGGACGAAGAAGUAAAAUUGAUUUGGAAUCAAGUUUAACAGUGUCAGCUGUUGAUUUUUCACAAUGGCUAAUACAAAGCGCAAAACCAGAAGAUUAUGUACAUCUUAAACUCUCAAUUGAAGGUGCCGAGGUGCCCGUAUUAGAAAAAAUGGUUAACGAUCGAAGUCUAGAUCUAGUCGAUUAUUUAGAAGUCGAAUGGAAUGAUCAAAAGAAUCCAACUUUGGAAGCAAGACGAAUUUCACUUGAAUGUAUGUUUGAUAAUUUUGGAAUGGAUUUUCUAUACAUGAUUAGUCCCAUUGAAUUACGACGAGCAUAUAAUAAAAAAUUAAGUUUUGAUAAUGUUCAAAAAGAUCGAGGAUGGAGAUUACAAGAUUCGGCUAUAAGAUUUCAUUAUAUCGCUCGAAAAGAUGUAAAUGAGUUAGUAUUAAAACGCAAGAAGAGAUUGUGA